GUGGCGUGGGCCUGGCAAGAGCACAUUUUGAAAAGCAGCCCCCCUCCAACCUCAGGAAGUCCAACUUCUUCCACUUCGUGCUGGCCAUGUACGACCGGCAGGGGCAGCCCGUGGAGGUGGAGCGCACAGCCUUCAUCGACUUCGUGGAAAAGGAUCGAGAGCCUGGGACAGAAAAAACAAAUAACGGGAUCCAUUACCGCCUUCGGCUGGUGUAUAACAAUGGACUUCGGACAGAGCAAGACCUCUAUGUGCGUCUCAUUGACUCCAUGUCGAAGCAGGCUAUCAUCUAUGAGGGACAGGACAAGAAUCCUGAAAUGUGCCGAGUGCUGCUCACUCACGAGAUCAUGUGCAGCCGGUGCUGUGACCGCAAGAGCUGUGGCAACCGGAAUGAGACGCCUUCAGAUCCGGUCAUUAUCGACAGGUUCUUCCUCAAAUUCUUUCUCAAAUGCAACCAGAACUGCUUGAAGAAUGCAGGGAAUCCCCGAGACAUGCGCCGCUUCCAGGUGGUGGUGUCCACGACUGUAAGUGUGGACGGACACGUGCUGGCCGUGUCUGACAACAUGUUUGUGCACAACAACUCCAAACAUGGCCGCAGGGCCCGGCGCCUGGAUCCUUCUGAAGGUCAGGACUCCCGGCCCAGCCUUGGCCAACCUCAGUCUCCAUCUUGGUGCAGCCCCCUGACCUGGGUCCUCUCCUACCUCCCAGCUGCUACCCCCUGCAUCAAGGCCAUCAGCCCCGGGGAGGGCUGGACCACGGGAGGCGCCACCGUCAUUAUCAUCGGAGACAACUUCUUCGACGGGUUGCAGGUCGUGUUUGGCAGCGUGCUCCUGUGGAGCGAGCUCAUCACGCCCCACGCUAUCCGGGUGCAGACGCCACCGCGACACAUCCCUGGGGUGGUAGAAGUGACCCUCUCCUACAAAUCCAAGCAGUUUUGUAAAGGAGCCCCCGGCCGCUUUGUCUACACAGCUCUUAAUGAGCCUACCAUUGACUACGGAUUCCAGAGGCUACAAAAAGUCAUUCCCAGACACCCGGGGGACCCCGAGAGGCUGCCUAAGGAAGUGCUGCUGAAACGGGCGGCUGAUUUGGCAGAGGCCCUGUACGGAGUGCCCAGCAGUAACCAGGAGCUCCUCCUGAAGCGUGCAGCGGACGUGGCCGAGGCUCUGUACAGCGCCCCGCGAGCACCUGCACCCCUCGGACCCCUGGCCCCCAGUCACCCACACCCCGCCGUCGUGGGCAUCAACGCCUUCAGCAGCCCCCUGGCCAUCGCCGUCGGGGACGCCACCCCGGAGCCGGGCUAUGCCCGCAGCUGCGGCAGUGCGUCGCCCAGGUUCGCGCCCAGCCCUGGCUCUCAGCAGAGCAGCUAUGGCAGUGGCCUUGGAGCUGGUCUCGGCAGCUACGGUGCGCCGAGUGUCACUGGUCUCGGCGUGCCCGGGUCCCCUAGCUUCCUCAAUGGCUCCACCGCAACCUCACCUUUCGCCACCCUCCCAUGAUUGUGGAGCCGCCCUUAAUUAGGGGGACCUGUGCUGAAACCUGGUGGACAGCAACCUUUUGGUCCUUCGCCGGGACUUCGGGAGGAGGCUGGCGGCCCCUGCUGGAAGCCUAAGGAAACUCUAGAGACUCGGGCUUCCAGCGCCCCGCAGCCCCGGGAUGUGUGGCUCCGGGUUUCAGCAGCACUUCCUGGGGCAGGGGAGGAAACGGUGGACCGAGUGGCGGCCCCUAGGGGCUCGGCGGGGCCCUGGAGGAGCUUCCUCACCCCCUCACCCAUAGGACACUGAUUCCUGUCCCGUCCCUCUGAGUGCCUUGGGCAGUCUCAGGUUCUCCCAAAUGGUUCAGGCAUAAUGAGAAUUCCUUGUGAUCAGGACUGAGUUCUGAAUUCAGAAUUGAGUGUUUUAGUCAGGAGCUGACAGACAUUCAACAGGUUGCACCUUUCAGUAAAACAAGAUUAGCAAUACCUCCCCACCCCCCGGCCCCCACCUCAGAUAGCUCUCUUAUCUGAAUGUGUCUCUAGAAAACCAGACAAAAUUCAGAAAGAAUGCUAUGAUUUUGUAGGCCCAGUCUGAACGGUAGUUGCUUGGCGUCUUGGGUUAAGGUAGCUCUCUGAUAGAUGGAUCGACGGUGGAUUUUUAUGCCUUGUCAUUUCACACUGCCUGCCAGUCUGUUGCAAUAUCGAUGGCUUCUUGGCGGGUGCUUAUAAUCUACAUGGUGAGAAAGCACCAAGCUUGGGGGUUCUCUGUGCACCCAUUUUCACCAGCAAGAACCUCUUUACCAGUCACAAGAGAGGUUGUCCCUGGAGGCCUGGGGCACUACUGAAUCUGAGAAAUAGUGACAUCUGCCAAAGAAGGAGCUUUUGUGGCUUUACCUGCCGUUCCCACGCUCCUGCCUCUCCAUUCCCGUCUGUUUUUCAUUACCUAAAAUAACCGUCUAGCUACCUGCCUAGCUUUCUUUACCACGGGUGCUGCUCUCACUGGCUACAAAUCCAGCCUGGCACUUUCCUUUGACCUUGACUUAAUUUGUGGAACCCAACAUCACCCCCCACCCAAGCCAGAGUCCACACAGGCUGUAGCCUUCCUGUGUGUCCCCCCAGGCCAAUCUCUCCUGGCACUUAGUCAGCUUCCACUGCUCCACAUCCCUUCCGUUCUAAGACAGUGGCCUCCCAGCCUUCUGGUUUCCGUUGUGUUUGACUCUCUCGCCCUUCCCCAGAGACACAGCAGUGAAAAGGAGUGAAAGGGGGCUGCCCCAGUGCACAGUCUCUCUGGGGUCACCCUAGUCAGCCAGACCAGGACUUCCAGAGCCACUCACCCUCUGCAGGGUCACUCGGGGCGCUACCUAGGCCUGGUCCCAUUUCAGAAAGUGUUUACUCAGGUCCACAUCCAUUCUCCUGAGUGCUCUGUGACACACUUACAUAGGGUGUCAUCCUCACUGAGUUUGCCCGGAUUUCCCUAAAAUGUCAUCAGAAUUGUACUAGUCAGAGGAUCUAGGGCUGUCUUUGUAGAACUCCUUAACUCUGAAAAAUGUGGCUAUUAGUACUCUGGGCCUUGGCAGAUACCACAAAUAUUCUUUUUUAUAUAAUAGGUGUUAAGCACUCCGUAAUGCCCAGGUCUUUACCAGGAAGCACUGAGCAUUUUUCUCAAGGAGAUGGUGACCGCAGGCUAAGGAUGUUGAGGAUAGGAUACUAUUGCAGUCAUUUUUAUACCCACAGUCAGCAAAUGAGUGUUCUGAUGUCAACGUAGCCUUCUCAGCCACAGAUUUCUUCCAGGAAGUCUGUACCUGCUGUCCCUUGCCUGCUGGUUGGAAAAGAUUAAAAAUCCUACCUGCUGGUCUUUAGAAGAGAGAAGCAGGGAAUUGGUUCAGAUGAAAACAUAGAAGGUGGAACUGAGAUGCGCUACACAGGAGCCCUAGCAGAUACAAGAGGCUCCAGGGGUCCAGGCCGAAGAUGGCAGGGCCUUGAAUUAAAGUGGAAGAAAGAGUGCCCAGAGUUGGGGAGCAGAAAAACGAAGUACGGGGUACAUUGCAUAGGAGUGUUCAGUAGAGAUGAACGUAGGUGCUUGUGUGAGCUGUUGUUCGUGGUAGAGCAGCUGUAGACAGGAGGGUGCAUAUAGGCUGCAUCGACGCCAAAACUUCAUCCCUGUCUACUUACUCCGACUUUGAUGUGGCCCUUGAACUUUGAGCGUAGCCUUGGCAGCGCAGCCCCAUAAACAUUUCCUAGCGUUUCAGAACUCCAGUGGCGUUCAGCAGGAACUCCACCUUUCCAUCUCUUUCGAUUGUCUCCCAUCUUUGAGAGCACUGCCCACUACUUGUUUUUGUUUGUUUCGUUUUCCCUGUGCCUGAUCCUGCCUUCUCCAGCCCUGAAAAUGGUAUUCAGAACACUGAAAAGGCUCGGGCUGGUCCAGCACCCAGCAGCCCCCUUCUUACCUCUAGACAUCUUGUCCUGGUCUUCUCAGGACCCUCAUAGCCCCCAGGGAGCUCUGAGCCUGCAGCCUGGUCCACAACCCACACGGGACUCACUGCCCACGUUGCACCCCAACCCUGCUGCUCACUCUGGUGCUGUCUUCCUGUUGUGUCUCCCACUGCCUCCCCUGCUGCACCUGCCCCUUCCUCGCCCCGUCCCGGAGUCAUGCCCUCUAGCCCCCCGCUGGCGGCUGCCUCCUCCAUGUCCCUCCCGGCCGCUGCCCCCACCACCAGCGUCUUCUCCUUCUCGCCUGUCAACAUGAUCUCCGCUGUCA